CAACAGUUUGGCUUAUAGCAAAUGGCAUCGCAUGAAAAUGACAUUUUGUGCUGUGAAUGGAUUAAAGAAAUUAUUUUUAUCUAAUAGUAAAAGUGUUUUUGAUAUUAAUUUAUUUUAAUAAUGAGGAAAAUACUGAAGGACAUUUAAACAAAUCAUCAAUUACAGGAUAUGACUGUCAACAAGAAUCAAAACAAAACGUAUCAGGUGUUCCGUGCCUCAUAGUGUGAUAACAUUCAAUUUUCAAUUUUUACUGAAAUAAAAAUACUCGACGAAAUGACGGAAAAUAAACCUGUAAUCAUGGCGCCUACAAAUGGCCUGCUAAAUAAAUCUAAGGAGCUUCAAAAGGAAAUUCUUAUGGAGAAACUCAGAUCGAAAACAUCACAGUUUAAAAAUUUAUCAGAAACUUCUAAGGCCGUUCGGAUGGCUUUAUUGGACAAAAGAUGGGCUGUUGACAGUGCAGACCGCAUGACACUACAAAAAUGCCUGGACAGCUUACAACACUGCAUUAAAGUUAGUUCUCUUCAAAGCCUAAUAGAAAGGCUUGAAUGCUUAUCAAGACAACUUGGUUUAAAAUUUGUAGUGGGCACAUCGGGAGUAAAUAUCUUUAUAUCAUCAGACAUGUUCUAUUUAGAAAUACUAGUGGAAUUCUCUGGUGCAGUAAAGGAUGUUAAAAUUCAUCAUGAAGGAAGGAUUGAACAGCAAAGUUGUGAAGAACUAGUUUCAUGUAUAACAAGAGGUGAUUUUGCUGAUUUCACUGCACAAUUAGAGGGACUCAUUGCAGUCUACCAGUUAAAUGCUGAGAAAAAAGUUAAAUGUAAAGCAUUUAGUGCACUACAAAGUCUAGAAGAAGAUCUUUGUACACUACGUCAACUACAGAGCUUCAUAAAGGAUCCUUGGGCCCAAGUUCACAAGAGCCCAAUUGGUUUUUUGCAGAAACGGAGAGGAGGUCACGCCAUGCGGCUCACAUACUUCGUCUCACCAUAUGAACUGCUGGAUCGAGACAAAGGACUGCAACCAUUGACAACUGAGCUUUUAACAUUAGGCAAACCUGCGGCGGCCAGUGGCCUAGCGUCACUGGUCGCGCCUUCGCAUACACCAAUCGGUCAUUCUGCUACUGUUUUAUUAGAAGGUUCGACUGCAAAUAAAUUGCAACUGUCGCCUAUCAUAUCAGGAGGACAAAGAACUGGAAAAGGCAAUGGUCCAGUGUAUGCACAAUUGGUGCCCCAGAAUAGUGCAAUGCUGCCAGCCUGCUUCACGCUCAAGCUAUCGCAACCUAUGCCACUGUGCUCCGGUCUCGCCAAGCUCAUACACGCCACAACAGAAGUGGAAGUAGCUGGUGACUGGGCUAACGCGAAACCUAUGCUUGGACUCGUAGCUCAAGAAGCUUACAACAAACUUAAUCCAGGAAAAAAUAUCGAAUUGAAUCUUAGCAAAGGACUCUUCGUCAACCUGCCGGAGCAGACGCAGUGCUACUUCGUGAUGGAACGACGCGGGCUGGAGGGCUGCGUGGUGGGCAGCGUGCCGUUCACGCACCCAUCGCACGUGGCGCCGCUGCUUGCCUGCCUCCGCCAGCAGGCACUCUUUAACGCACUCAUCGCCAGCUGCGUCCGCACGCAGUCCAAACACGUGGAUAUAGAGAACGCGGUAAUAUUCGAGGUGAGCGCGCUGUCGUGGCAGCACAUCUCGGUGGCGCUGGAGCACCCGCUGGACGAGAGCCUGGCCACGCUGGAGCUGGACCUGGCCGAGCCCGCGGCGCCGCGCGCCCGCCUGCACGCGCUGCACUCGCCGCACGCGGCGCAGCGCGACCAGCUCGACGACUACAUCAGCCGCGUGCUGCAGAAGAGCCACUCUAUACCCGUCACGUUGCGAUCCCUGGUCAAAAUAUGGGAGCGGGAGGCGGCAACGAAACAAAUGAACGGCAGCUAUUCCGCGCUGGAGUCGAAUUUUAGCUGCGGCCUGGGGGGCAUGGAGGGGGGGGACGUAAAGCCCCCCAGCAACAUGCACGGCCGCGCGCUCUACCCCUCCUCCGGACAUGCUCACCAGCCGCACCAGCACCAUCAGCACCACCAGAAUCACCAGCAGCACCCCACAAGUUCCUAUCUCUCGGAACAGCAACAUCACUUGUCUAUGAUGUGUCAAGACUCCACUAACAAUGAAACUAAGCCCCAAACGUCGGAGGACCGUAAAUCGAAGAAACGAAAAUCCGACACAGAUAUCUGGUCGUCGACUCAGAAGAAAGGUAAACCAGGCCUCAGUGAAAUGGCUGAUUCAGAAAGUGAAAGUGACAAUUCAGAUGCGUAUGUGAAUGAAGAUGAAAAUACUAUGAAUAGUAACUCGACAAAUGACGACAUAGAAGGGCGGGAAUCUUCCGUAUCUCAAAACGAGUUCACAUCAGAUCUAGAAUUAUCUGCUAUGGAUACCACCGACGCACUCGGUGGGCAAGACAAUAGAACAUCCUCUGACGUGGACAAUUCUAAUGAUGGAGAUGUAGAGGACAUGAUCAGGAAUUCUUUUCAGAAGUCUGAUCACAAACGGCAAAAACUCAAAAGUAAAGAUUCUGAAAGUCGGAGUAAUAGAAGUACAUCAUCGCUUCUUUUAGAUCUUACUGAAGGUAAAUCCUACAUGCCGUCCUCUGUUAGCAUUACUCCAAUAGGAUCCAAUUCAUCAAACUCCAGCAACUCAGGAUCUAACAUAUCGUCUAUGCUCUGUUUGGACCGACGUCCAGGUAUAGAGAUAAUACCCAUCACGUCUGCAGCACCAGCGGCAUUACCCAGCUCGAUAACGAUUACACCUAUUACUUCAUCGCAACUAAAAUCACUCGACGACCGUAACAGGUCCGAGAAGAAAUCCAGCAGAUCUGGAGAAGAACGAAGUAAAGAAAAGAAAAAGAAGCGACGCCGCGACGACUCCAUGGGACCACCGGAAAAAGUACCACCCAAACAAGAUCCCUUGACCAAACCUGUUUCGGUCAGCAUUAAACCUACAGAUGGUUCUCCCAUGAGGCCCACCUCCCCAAACUCACUGUUGAGAAAAUUUAGUCCUAGCCCAACUCAUGGUAGGUCUGUGUCCAUCACUAAAUCGCCUAGUCCUAGCACAGUUAAGGGCAUGGGUAAACCAUCAGGGACAUCUAGUCACCAAAGUAGUCCGAGGCAUUCGCCCGUUCAGAACAGUCCUAAACAUUUGCCCGGAUAUUCUAGCCCAAAAAACCAUAGCGUAUCCUCACCUAAACAUAGUUCAUCAGGUUCAGGAAAACCUAGUAUGUCUACUCUAAAAUCUGCGACAAGCGGCUCUCCUUCUGGUAAAUCUGGAACUACUGGAUACGAUUUAACGAAAAAGAUGUCGAAAGACACAUAUGGAAGUAGUUCAUUGACUUCAAGAGAUAAAGAAAAGAAACAUUCCAGUUUAUCUUUUUCCAGCUCAGGUAGAAGUAGUCCUAAAUUAAAAAACCCUAUGAAGCUAAAACAACUAGAAAUAACUCCUAUAUCCUGUGAUAGUCCGAUCACAGAACCGUUAAUAUCCCCGCCUAAUGUUGAAGUAAAUAAAUCGAAUGCUCCCAGUCAGGCUCGUAAUCGCAAAGGCUCUCUCAGUGCUGUGAUAGACAAGUUAAAAUCUGCUCAACAUUGCGGUACCGAUACCGCUGAAUUGGCAGGUGCCAAAUCUAGCUCAUCAAAUAGUGCUAAUAAAUUUUCUGAUUCAAAAAACAGCUCACCUGGUAAUACUAAAGUGUCUGAAAGUAAAAACCAAGAGUACAUGGUCAAACCUAGUCUAGAUGGUAUGAAAAUAACAAUAAAUAAAACUAGAACAAAAGAGUCCUCAAACAGUAGUUCAAAACUAAACUACAGUAGUUCAAGUUCUAGUAAAUCUUCCCCUCAACUUACCCCACCGAGCCAAGGUUCUCCUAAAACACAUACGGGCCUCAAACCGGGUGUAAUAAGCGGGCCGGCCUCUAAAAAAACACAAGUACUACAAUCUUCGAAAUCUAGUAGUACAGCAACGAGCUCAACACCGCCUAAAGCGAAUUUGAGCCCUUCAGAAUCAGGCAACAACAGUAACGUACCUAAAGUGCCUUAUUCUAAAACUUCUACUAAUACUGGGAUUAAUCUAUCUAAGUCUUCAUCUAAAUCAAGUUCUGGUUCACCUAAAAGCAGUAAUACUGAUCAAUUGGCAAAAAUUAUCAAAGACAGGGAACGUGAAAAAGCUAGAACUAAACUAAUGAGUAAUUCAGAAAAGUCAAUAUUUUCAUCAAAAUCUGAAAGGCACUCAAGUCCCAGUAGCUCAAGAGAUGAAGUAGACUCAGAUAGAUUUAAGACCUCAAAAGAUGCAAAUUUCCUGGUAGAAGGUCUAAUGAAACCUCUAGAUACUAGCAAAUUUCAAAUUCCAAAAUUAAAAAACCAAAGCACUCCUGAUAAAAACAGCCCUGUGUCGCAAUAUGACAGUCGAUCUAUGGUAAAUGAUUUUUCUAGGGCUAUGGACCAAAAUAAAUAUCCAUUUUCGCAUUUUGAUAAUCCAAAUGCUAGAGGCUCAGAUAUGCAAAAAUCUACGUAUACUUUAAACGUGCCGAAACCUUUACUAAAUAUGGGCGGCAUAAGUCCUAAAACUACCACACCCAACAAAGGGGACCAAUCAGAUAGGCCAUUAGAAUUUACCAAAGCGAUGGCAGAUAGUCUAUCUAAAGGAGAAAGUCCUCAGCGUAGUAAAGACGAUCCGAAAGAUUUUUCUGGAUCAUACCCAAUAAUGCCUUUAGACUUUAAAACUGAUAUGGUAAAGGGGUUUCCUGCUCCAAAAGGCAGUUCGGAAGAUAGAAAGGGAGCUGAUUCUUGUAUGAAGCCCCCAGCUAGUGGGGCGGUCGCCCGAAGCGGUGCCACCACACCGCAAGAAGCGGCCGAGAUGCUUCUCGACUUUUCUUCUUCCUCGGGCAGCAAAGUAUCGGGAAUGGUAGCGGUGCGAUCGGUUUAUCCCGCUUCACCAGCACUCGCUAUGCAAUUAGCAAAGAGCCCUGCAGCUUCCCCUUUAGUAGUUCCAUCGCCGCACUCAAAUUCACCAUGCAUUACUGAUGAUGAACUCAUGGAUGAAGCACUUGUCGGCCCCGGCAAAUGAGUGAGAAUCGCCACACACGCAAAUUUACUAUACAUAUAGAGUGCAAUUAAAGUGGUAACUGCUGUUAGUAACUAGUUUAACUAUCAAGUCAAUCUAAAUCAUUGAAUAUCUAAUAUGCUUAUUCUUCCACAAUGACCUUGAAUUGCUUCUAUUUUCGUGAACAAGUAUUGAUCAAACUGAAUAUCCAUUACAAUUUGAUACCUACUGUAACAAAAGCCAUAGGAAGUGUUGUAUAAGAAUCAAUUCCGGCCGUAACGCUACUCCAGUACAGUCGUUACCAUGAGUCGCACUCUAUACAAGUACCAGCGAGUGAGCCUUAUAUAACUUGAUAAUUAUUUUUAAUGAGAUAAGUACAUUUAACUGCGUGUGUUAUUUAUAAUGUUUUAUUUAUUUAAGAAAUGUAAGAUGUCUUUUACUUGGUAGAUAUUAUUUAAAUUAUGUCUUACAUGAUUUUAUGGCCACAAGUGAAUCGAAACUAUUUUGUGAUUUCGUACACAUCUAUUUCGCAGUAACCUUACAUUAAUUAAAUUAUUGUGUCAUACGUUCAAUACGGGAAAAAUUAAACGACUACUUAAAGUCGAUUCUGCCAUUUCUCAAAGCUUAUCUUUAAAAAUAAAAUUCCAAUUUAAUAUCACAGCAAAAUCUUUCUUGUAAGUAUCAAUAUGAACUAAUUUUCUAAUAGAUUAAAGUCGAAAUAUUAUUAUAAUUUAUAAUAUUUAAUAAAGCAGUCACUUCGCAAAAAAAAAAAAAAAACAUUUAAAAUAUAAAGAUAAAAGAAGGAUUAGAGAAGUGGUACCUCAGAAUCGAUCCUAUUAAGUGCGUAAUGAAAUUGUACUACUAUAACAACUGCCAUGGAUGUAAUACAAUAUAGUGUACAAUGUUUUUGUCCUGUAAUAUUAAUUUAGUUAUAGUGAACAAAUUGAUAUUUCAAUCAUUGUAAAUAUAAUUCGGAUUAGUAAUAUAUAAUUUUGAAAUAAUUAAAAUUGGUAAGGGAUUUGCUUAUAGUUGCAAUUUUUGUAAUAAAUGUGUUAAAACAAAA